UCUUUGUGUGCUGAGAGCUCUCCGCGUGUGAGUCAGGGAGCCCACUACACCAGUUGAAAAUUGUUUUUAUGUCUAAGUUUUAACUCAAGCUAGCACCUCAAACUCUCCAGGUGUACAGGAGAGAUACACACCUUUGUGAAUGUGCAAGGAAAGGCAAUGGUAGAAUUGUAAAUAGAGGAAUAAGAACACGGAAACGUGCGGACACCUGAAAGGACUCAAAUGAAAGAUAUGGCGGUGGUGAGCCAUCGACACGCACGUCACAUAAUGGCUUUUCAGGGCGGACCUGCCCCGGCCCCCUCUCAACAGGCCAUUCUGACGGCUGCUGUGGCUGUGCCCUAUUAUCAAGUUGUUCCACCCCAGGAUAUUCAGCCUGAUAGACCCAUAGGUUACGGGGCUUUCGGUGUCGUUUGGUCUGUGACAGAUCCAAGAGAUGGUAAGAGAGUAGCCUUGAAGAAAAUGCCCAAUGUUUUCCAGAAUCUUGUGUCCUGCAAGCGAGUUUACAGAGAGUUACGAAUGUUGUGUCACUUCAAGCAUGACAAUGUAUUAUCAUCACUGGACAUUCUACAACCACCUCAUAUUGACUUCUUUCAGGAAGUCUAUGUCAUCACACAAUUAAUGCAAAGUGAUUUGCACAAAAUCAUCGUUUCCCCACAGCCACUCACAUCAGACCAUGUCAAAGUCUUUCUGUACCAAAUACUCAGAGGUUUGAAAUACCUCCAUUCUGCACGUGUAUUACAUCGAGACAUCAAACCAGGGAAUUUACUAGUCAACAGCAACUGUGUAUUAAAGAUCUGUGAUUUUGGGUUAGCAAGAAUUGAAGAGCCAGAUGAAUCCAUCCACAUGACACAAGAGGUUGUGACUCAAUACUACCGCGCUCCAGAGAUCCUAAUGGGGGCCAAACAUUACAACUCAGGGGUCGAUAUCUGGUCUGUAGGAUGUAUUUUUGCGGAACUACUGGGUCGUCGCAUUCUCUUCCAGGCUCAGAGUCCCAUUCAGCAGCUGGACUUGAUCACAGAUCUUUUAGGCACUCCGAACUUGGAGGAUAUGAGAACAGCUUGUGAAGGGGCCAAGACUCACAUACUGCGGUCAGCACACAAACCACCAUCCCUCGCUGCUCUGUACACCCUAUCCAGCCAGGCUUCCCAUGAGGCUGUGCAUCUCCUGUGUCGCAUGCUUGUAUUUGAUCCAGAUAAGAGAAUAAAAGCAGCUGAUGCCCUUGCUCACCCUUAUUUAGACGAGGGGCGGUUGCGCUACCACUCCUGCAUGUGUAAAUGCUGCCAUAACACAUCCGCUGGACGUCAGUAUACCUCAGAUUUUGAACCGGUGUGCCAUCAGCCUUUCAGCUAUGGCUUUGAAGAUGGACUGACUUCAGUGCAUCAUUGCAGAGAUAAACUACACAAAUAUAUUCUAGAACAGCAACAGAAAAACAAAGUUCCUUUAUGUCUCAAUCCCAAUUCCAUGUCAUUCAAGAAUUUUGCAAGGGUACCAUUUACCGGGGAGGGUUCUUUGAAGAGAUAGAUGUACUCAGUUUCACAAGUCGCCCAACCUUCAGAACUCCCUCCAUCGCCUCAUGCCUGGGAGUAAAAUUGCCACAUCAAGAGAAACCUGUGAUAAAAAUUUGGACCAAUGAUGUACAGAGAAACAGAUGCAAUACAAUGCUAUUAUAAUGAGGAUCUCUUUGGGUUAAGCAUAAUGAAUUCCAAAGUUGUGAUUGAGUAAAAAUGUGUAAAAUCAAAGGUGCUCCCCGUAUGAAAAGUUUAAUUGUAUAAAUCUGUAACUGCCACUGUUUAACAGUAGUCACCUCACCAUAAUGUUCAGUCAACGCUCAUUUGCAUUUUAUAUUGUGUGAAAGUGUAUUCGAAGGGAGACAACUCCUUGUUAGGACACCAAAUGCAUUUGAUCUGAUUUCAUUAUUAUCUCCAUUUGAAUUCCAUUUAUUUUUUGUUCCAUCCUAAGUUGCUCAGCAAGAAUUUUACAAUGAAAAAAAACUCAGAGAUGGCAUUUUAAUACUUGGUAUUUCCUUUACAUGUGAGAUAUUAGUGUACAUACAACACGACCAAGUCUGUAAAUAAUAUCAUUUGCCAUUUCGUGGACACGGGAACUACAAUGCAACCCAUUAAGUUUAAGUAUUAUUCUGAUGCAGUUUAGCAAAAUGUCCAUGCAUUACAAAGUCGAAAUGUGAUCUCAUUUUAUUUAUCUUCUUUUAUGUAGAAUAUAUUGGGUUAUUUCCUUUUUUUUGUACAGCAUAUGCACAGUUGCAUUAAACAACUGAGAAUUACUAUAUAUGAUAUAGUAUAAAUUAAUUUUAAGUUUAUAAGAGUUGCAUGAACUCAAGUAUUUUACUUGUAAGUUAAUUAAUUACAUUGCUGAAAUAUUUAGAGCAAGUGUUCAAAACAUCAUUGCAACAUGCUCAGGGAACACAGACUGAAACCUUUAAAUAUAAGGUUUGUGUUAAAAGAUCUUGGUACAUGUAAAUUAAUAUUACAGAUGGAAACAUGUACAUUUGUGUUAUCUGUAUGUUGAUGCAUGUGUUUUUGUUUUAUUUGUAAUUUUCGAUAGCAUUUUAUUAAUUUUCAUUGGAUUUGUAUCUUUAGCUCUUUGAUUAGUUAUGAAUUGCUAAGACCAAGAGAAAUGUGUUUGGUUUAACCAUUUUCUUUAAUUUGGCAUUUAAUUGGAAUGUAAACUGAGAAAUGUGUAUACAUAUACUACAAUUACUAACUACAGAAUUUUUGCUUUCAAUGUCUUUAUAUCAUGUUACAUUUCCAAAUGCCACUGCCUUAAAACUAUUCAGGUAUCAGAUGGAUUUUAAGAAAAGCUAUGAUUGAAUGAACGAACAUGUGUAAAAAUAGUUCUAUAAAAUUCAUGGCUAGUUCAUGGUUUUUCAUUGGCUAAUUCUUGAUUGAUCCCCAAUAUUUAUGAUGCAUCACUCUGUCAACUGCAUUCCAAAUCUGUCCCUUCCUGUAUUUUUUUUUUUGUGUACAAUUUUCAUUAACCACUUUAGACUGUGUUUUAUGUGUGUAGAGGCAUUUGACUAGAUGGUUGCUGAUUUUAUGCAAAUGAUUUCUAAAGAGUUAAUCAAGAAUUAAAUUUCAACUUUGAUGUUCAAAAUUAAAAGGGUUUCUGUUGAAUAAUUUGGUUAACUUCAAAAAAAGGGAUGAUUAAAAAAAAACUUUUUCUGAUUAACUUCAAGAAAUUGAUGAUUUCUUUAAAAACUUUGGGGGGGGGGGGGGGGCAUCCACACAUUAUAUCAUGUUUCAGAUGCUUAGAUAAUUUGUAAAUAUAUAUAUUAUUUGCAUUUGUCUGACAAUGGGUAAUGGUUUUGUAGCAUUUUUACUGCUACCGAUACAUUGUAUACAUUGUGGAAAAUAUAUGAUCAUAUAUGUUAGCAUUUUUCAUAUGAAGUUUUUCAAUCAUUUCAAAGGGUGCAUACAAAGUAACAAUUUGUAUUUCAUCAACAUUUCACCUGCCAUUGUAAAAAUUAAAUCAUACUGAGUCUUUCGAGUAACAUCCUAUGCUGAAAUUUUUGAAAGUAUUUGACAUCUGCAAAAAUUAAAAGAGAAGGGCAUUCCAAGUUAAAACCUGAUUUGAAUGUAAUACAGUGAGAAAUUGUGUAGGUCAAACUUUUGAUCUAUAAUACUAGUAACAUUUUUUGCAUUAUUUGCUGAUAAAAUUUGUCAAACCAAAGGAAUCUAUUUUAGUGGUGCUUAUAAUAUGUUGUUCACAAUAGACGAGAGUGAUUAAUGUCAAGUGUUUGUCUUAAGAUGAAAUCGUUACUUCAACAUUAUCUCCCGUGACUGUAAAAAUGUGAUUUUUUUUUUUUAAAUAGCCAUUAUAUGUAUAGUAUGUAUCUAUGUAUGUUAAACUUUCUUAAAUAUUUUAGACCAUGCUAGACAUUGAGUUUCUAUUAUAUGUUAUUUCAUGAGUUUUAAUUAUAAGAGAGGAUUUGACAACAAAAAUUAUCAGAUUUGUAUAUAUUACUGUCUGCCAGUGGAGCAGUAUAGUGGUCAUAAACUGUGUUGACCUCUGAAAACCUAGUUUAUGGAUGGUUUUCAUUUUCUGAACAUUUUACAAAAUAUCAGGUAUACUAUAAAUGAUCACAGAAAUGAAAUAAAAGAUUGCUUGCAUGUCAUUGAUAUUCAGGUGGUCACAUGACCAGUCAUAUGAUGUCUAUUUCUGUUUGAGGUUGCUGUAGAUGCUGUCCCUGGUUGGAAGAGAAAAAUACCAGGUUAUUUAUUGUUUGUAGAAAUUCUAGAUGUGUGUAUGACUCUGGAGAUGCAAUAUUGUAUGUCUUUUUACAUGUAUUUAAGAAUGAAUAAAACCAAAUGACAAAAUUCAAA